AUGAAUAAGAUUCCAUAUGCAUCUGCAAUAGGAUCUAUCAUGUAUGCCAUGUUAUGUACUCGACCAGAUGUCUCGUAUGCUUUAAGUGCAACGAGUAGGUACCAAUCUGAUCCUGGUGAUGCUCACUGGGUAGUUGUCAAGAAUAUCCUUAAGUAUUUGAGAAGGACUAAGGACUCAUUCUUGAUAUAUGGAGGUCAGGAAGAGUUGGUUGUAAUUGGAUACACCGAUGCUAGCUUCCAGACAGAUAAGGAUGACUCUAGAUCGCAAUCUGGUUAUGUGUUCUGCUUAAACGGUGGCGCUGUGAGAUGGAAAAGUUCAAAGCAAGACACAGUUGCUGAUUCUACAACCGAGGCCGAGUAUAUUGCUGCCUCAAGUGCAGCAAAGGAAAAUAAAGUUGUAUCAACCUUCCUUCUGGUGCAAUCAUUUUCUAACAGAAAAUUGUGUAGUCUUUCAUACCAUGCUCUAGCAGCUUGUUUUAGACUAUACAAUGAUUUCUUAAGUUUGAAAACAAAAUAUGGGUUUUUAGGAUUUUCAAAACCAGGGGUUGGUGGACAUGCACUUCUUCAGUAA